CGCGAUUACAACGUUACUCACCUAAUCAUUUCAACCACAAGUGACAUUUAAUUGUAUUACUUUUGGCAAUUUGCAUAGUUCCGAACAAAAAAAAUGUGUUCCAGGAAAUUGGUUUGUUACUUUGCCAUUGGCCUAUUAAUCAUGGGCAUAUUUAUGGACGAAGUUGAUGCGAGACGCAAGAUUUUAAGGGGGCGGAAAACGAUUACAAGACGCUACUACUGGGGUACUGCAAUACCAGCAUGGUCUAUAGUACUUUUAAUAGGAAUAAGUAUGCUGUUGGCCGGCGGUGGACUGUAUGCAGUACUACAGAAAUUUGUAGUUGAUAAUGCUGAAGUUGGAGAAAGACAUUCGUAUCAACCAGCAUUGCAAAACGAAGCUUGAAUUCAAACAUGA